AUGAGUGGUGGAUACUCAGGCGGGAGCUGGGAAAGUGGUUGUGGCUCGAUUCGGCUCGUGGCUUGGACUCGCUCGCCAAUCACAACAGAGUAUGCUCUCGAAUCGGUAAACGCAAGUCAUUCUUUUAUCCUUUCGAAAGCUGUUUUAAACAGCCUACGAAUGGAAAAACUACGAAGAGGUCAAUUCGCUUCGAAUCCUGCUAUCUCAAAUCAAAUUGAGCUCCUCAGAACUCGAGCUGUUGAAUCUGAAGAUGAGCUGUCGAAAAUGGAUAAAAGGCAAAACCCCGAUCAUCCGAGUCGACCCACAACGGAAAAUGCUCAUCAAACCACUUCAAAGCCUGCUUCUGAUCCCAAAGAGCAUGUAAAGUCACCCCCCACUCAGAAGAAAUCUCAAAAUAAACAACAUAACGAACCGACCAAGCCACAUAAAACAACACAUACAGCUACAAACAAAAAAGAACAACAUCGUCCAAAUCACUCUCAUAAUCAACAAGCUAAUCAGAAGCACGUUCCUCAGCGACAAGGAUCUAAUCAAAAACAUGUCCCUUCGACAAAACAUCCCAAUAAUCAUAAACAACAUCCUCCACCACAUCAACCAGUAGCUGCCGUUCAACACAAAGCUCCACCGCCUCCAGCAGCUCCAGUUCACCAACCAGUAGUCAAACCAGCUGUAGUUCCACGUCCACACAAUGUUGCCCCAGCCCCCGUUCAACAGGACAAAGUUUUACCACCACCUCAGGUAGCGGCUCCCUUGCCAGUUGGCAAUCAGAACCCUGUUCCCAUUCCUGUACCGAUCGUGAAACCAGAAAACACAUCGGACAAGGCUCUUCCAACCUUACCAGUGGUUUCUGCGGUCACUACGCCUAACAAUAGCGCCACUGUUCCUGUGCAGGACGAGGGGAAGAAUACCAGUCAAGGAUCUAGUUACUCUACGCUUGCGGUACAGAACGGUAACAAUACUCACAAUUCCAAUGUCACCUCACCUUUUGUUGAUCCGACUCCACCGGAAAAAGUUUGGGGUCAAUCUGCGAUCUCUGACUCAACUACCACCGGACUUUCAAAGGCAGAAAAGGCUGCCGUGAUUUUUUGUGUACCGCUGGGUGCUCUAAUCUUAUCUGCGGCUUUGUAUAAACUUUGGAAAAUCCGACGUUCUAAGCGUUCUAGAGUUGAGAGUAUUUUAGUCACAAGAUCUAGACCUACUACAAUCUCGGACGUGAUUGGUGGUCAUGAAGCUGAAGAAAGUAGCUUUGGUCAUCAUUCUGCAUUUCAUUCUAUGCAAAACGGAUCACAACGUAAUUCAUCGUACCAUUCGGCUAAUACUCCACCUAUGCCGAUCAAUGUGGCGAUGCCUAUGAUCAACCGUGGAAGUGAUGAAAAAUUGAAAGAGAAGCCGAUCAAUCGUAAACAUGAAUUAAUGGAACCUAAUUUGAAUAUUCGAGGCAAUGAUUUAGCUUUCAUCCGUCAAAGUGAAGAAACUGGUUAUGAAGACAGUUUGGAGACUCGAGUAAUGAGUCAUGAUGCAAAUUCUCAAAGUGGUAAUAUUGCUAUUGUUGCUAGAACCUUUGACCCAUUUCUUCCGGAUGAACUUGUGAUCAACCCCGGUGACCGUGUUAGGGUAGAAAUGGUAUAUGAUGAUGGUUGGUGUUUUGGUACGAAUUUAGACGCAGAUCGUCAUAGAACGUCAGGAGGAAGUGCGGUCGUUUCGACUGGUGUCUUUCCACAAGACUGCUUGCAAAGACCAACAGAUACAGAUUCGGUCUCAGAUAGAAGUCUUCCCGAUGCUAAUGCAUCAUGCCUGAAUACAUAUCAUACUUUCGGUAAUCCUGAAUCUGGUACCAUAGAAUGUCUUGAAACUACACAACAAUCACCAAUUCACUUUACUCCCAGAUCCAACAAAGUCCCAGAUAACCUCAAGAGUGAUCAAACACCAAAGCCGACUCCUACUAAAUCUUUGUCUGAAAAACCACCACGUGUUAGUAGUAUGAUUCAGGACCGCGACACUCAACUGCUUCAAGAGCUGGAUACGGCUCUUAAUCUCUAG